CACACACAUUCCUUCUAAUUAACACACUUUGAUAGUUGGUUUUGUUUAGUAGUUAGUACUAUGAGGCAAGAGAACAUAAUGCAUUACCAAGUGGAGCCUGCAUGGAGCUACUACAUGAGGGUUCGGAGGAGCAUGGAAGAGGACCAGAUGGAGAGAGUGGCAAGACUGGCCUCACAGAGUGCAGUGGUGAUAUUCAGUGUGAGUAGCUGUUGCAUGUGCCAUGCAAUGAAGAGGCUCUUCUGUGGAAUGGGGGUUAACCCCACAGUGCAUGAGCUUGACCAAGAUCCCAAAGGGAAAGACAUGGAGAGUGCACUUAUGAGACUCCUUGGAAUUGGAAUUGGAAAUGGAAUCAACUCCACUGCUUCUGCUGCUGUUCCUGUGGUCUUCAUUGGAGGGAAACUUGUUGGCUCCAUGGACAGGGUUUUGGCUUUCCACAUCAGUGGCACCCUUGUUCCUCUUCUCAAACAAGCUGGUGCCUUGUGGCUUUGAAACUGAUUAAUUAGAGUAAUUAAAACAAAGCACUGUCUAUUGUCUUCAUUUGUUUUUUUUUUUUUAGACAUUGCUUUGCUUGUUGUCUCCGGGAGCAACCGUAUUACUAUUAUAUUAUCCAUACUUGAGA